AAAAAAAAAAAUAAAUCGUGACAACGUGGAAAACGAUGAAACACGGCGUGUACGGCGAGGCAAAGGCUCUCAUUUGCUUCGGUGCCUUCAAAUGAAGCCGGUAUUUUUAAAUGUAAUGUAAGCCAGUAACACUUCCCCCAACCGAGGCAUUCUCCUCUUGUUUCCCCCCGUCUGGUUGGGAAAAGCAUUCUAACGAUUACCUUCGUGUAAUUUUCUCGCUUUGCCAUCACUUUUUCUUGUGUGUUGCUUUCACGGUUCCCUUAGUAAAACGUUAAAUACCAACAGCAACGUCAUACUGUACACGGUACAGGGUACAGGAGUCGUUGGUGGUGCACCAACGCUUACACAGCCGGAAUCCUUACUAACAAAUAGUAGACAGACCGAGACACACAAAUGAGCACGGUCACGAAUGGGUCUUUCGCUUAAGGAUGACGACGGUUUUUGGGAUGUGCGGAGGAGGUCUGUGCAUGACGAUACCGAGGACAGCUGGGACAUGGAAGACAUGUAAUUUGCUAAUGGUAGAGGACGUACUAGGAAUAAAAAAAACACCCACACACACACACACACAUUGGUAUAUACACAAAAAGGAUUCUUACCGAACGAAAUAGAAGAGGCGACAGGUGAAAUUAGAUAAGACCGGCCAUACCACCGAUGACGACGAACGCUGGGGAAUGUGUUUAAAAUUAAUCGUACAGUCAUCCUAGACCUAAGCGUAUGGAGCUAAAUUCCGUUCCGGGGUUUUUUUCUUCUUCUUCAUACAAGAAUAAUCAGACCCGGAGGAAAAUGGCGCAAACUUGACGAUUACGAACGAGGUGUGUUAACUCUCGCAUGAAGGAGGGAAGCAAGUGUGCGUCCAUACGGGCCUACAGUGGAAAUGGAAUAGAAACGAUUGCUCUAAUUGCUUGGAAAAGCUCGGUGAAAUUACAAAUUGACCCCUACGAGGUACGAGGCCACGUGUAGGAAUGUGUGCAAUUUAGCUUCAAGGGUUUGAUACCGUUGUACCUGAGGCACAUUGCAAAUAAAGAAUAGCGUCUUGGUUCAAGGAUCAAAUUGGGGGGGUUUUUUUGGUUUUCGUCUACUCAUUAAUGAAGAUGUGUUGAGAAAUUUCUAUGCGAUUCUUUAGACGUUUCGGUCGGUGAUUGAUGUAACAAUUUGAUAGAAUUUUAAAUGUUUAUAGUGCAUUGAAUUUAUUGGAAGAAAUCCAAAGCUCUGUUUUGAUAUUUUUGAGCGGUUCUGAGGCUAGUUUUGGGUCUUAAGCACUGAGAAUUGGUCUAGUCAGAGAUGUUCGUCCACAAUGUUGGAAGUGGUAUGGUAUAUAUUCAAGAUUAUUGUGUCUUAUUUUCAGGAGAUGCUCGUCUAAGUGUAGAUAGAGGAGUUCCUUAUGAAGUUGAACCUCAUUCUAGAAAACCUUGAGACCAUAUUGUCAUUGCAAUCUUCGCUUGCCUCAGAGAACUUUCAAACUGCAGCGUUAGCGUAUACGGGAUGGCUUAAUGUUAGGUAGCUGUGGGCUAAUUAAUGAGUCAUAGAUGAGUGAUCACUAGUGAAGGGGAUUAAUAUCGGUUCUGGAAUCAAACCAUGAAAGCCUGUGAGAAACACUGAAGAGUUUUAGUUACUGUACGAUAUUGCAUCACUGUGCUAUAGCAAAUUAUUCAUGUUAGUAUCUGAUACAUAGGUUACGUCAUGAGAUUGACACCGAUCCUCAACAUUAUAUGAAGUUAUGAAAGACACUAAUUUAGAGCAUCGUUAGAAAAAAACCUGGAACAAAGUUGGAAAACAAAGAUGUAAGUGUGAAUUACAAAACAAGAAGUAGGUAUUUCCAGAAAUAAAGCGAUAUUUUCCAAAAAUACACAAUACUUUUCCAAACCAUCUUACAAUAACCAUAAUUUGUACUCCUUUGUUCGCUAGACAGAUGUCUCAAGCUUUGCACGCCGAUCAACGAUUCCUCCUGAGAUAUCGUCCGGAAAGCCAAGUACCCAUGCCUAUUAACCUUCAAAUUCUAUCCAGCUGUAUCGGCUUACGUCAGUAUUGGCAUUCCAAACUCGAACCAGGAAAGGGACUCCUAUUGCAAAAUGGAUUUGUAUCGGCUUCCCGAAAUGGAUCCCCGGGGACACAUAAAAAAGGAACAUGAUGCCCACUGAAUUCCUUGGAACGUUUGUACGUCCAAAGUGGAUAGCGUCUGUAGUAUAAAGGCGACAUUCAGGGAUGAUUUCGGAUUUCUUCGACACUAUCCGGGUACGGAUCGUACAUUGUGCACCAAGGUUUUGUCACCAAGAAGUUGUUCCGUCCAGUACACCGUACUGCUGAACCCGGCUGAACGGCUGAAAGGUUAUCAGACACGAAAUGUCACAAAACAAAAUGCACAAAAUUAACACGCGAGUGUAAUUGAAUUGAAGGUGUGUGUGGCCCUUUCCGAACCAUUCGCAUUUGGUUGCGAUGUAAAAAUGCACCAUCGCUUGCAUUGCUUGAUUUGAAUUUCUAUCCCCAACAUCUUGUCACGCGGACAGCGAGUGAGACGCUGGGCAGGUGCAACAGAAGGAGUGCCACGGUAAGCGUGUGUUCGUGGAAUCCGUGACGCUGGGUGCAACGGAGUGCAAUUGGUACUCACCGGCGUGGAAGAUGGUUUGCAGUUGCACUCGAUGAAGAAUUGCACCCGGGUGCAAUUUGGUGUGUUGUUGCGAUUUCUUCGUGUAAAGAUUGUGUUGUGUGAAGGUGGGAAGGUUCUCGGUGCAUAGUUUGGCAGGACAAAUGAGUGCUAUUGUCGUUCGGUGAAAUUUGUUCCAGCCGGAAACGGAAAUUUGGAGGAAAAUUCUCAUUAAUUCAGCAGUUGAUAUCCCAAACGGUUAAGCUAAACCGAAUGGCAAACGAACGAUGGCCCACCGCAAAGUGUCGUGUGCUGGUGGUCGUGUCGAUAACGCUCACGCUGCUGGUAACGCUUGUCGUGACACUGUCAUCGAGUGGCCCAUCGCUGGCACAUCGCGAUACAGCUGACGAUGAUUCACCGCCCGACUGUAUGGUGCCCUUCGAUCGUGGUCUUGCCGUUGGUGCGCGACGUCAAACGUACGGCGGGAAGACGUACUGUGCCUACGAGGGCAUACCGUACGCACAGCCUCCAGUCGGUAAACUACGAUUUGAGGAUCCACAACCUUACCACUUCGAGGGGGCUCGGCUGUUUCGGAAUGUUUCGUACGCGUGCCCCCAAGCGUACGAAGCGCCCGCGCACAUGGAUAAGCUGCAAACGAGCGAAGAUUGUUUGUACUUGAACGUUUACACUGGGAGCGAUGCGGCAGAUGGUUCGCUACGGCCUGUGAUGCUCUGGAUACAUGGCGGAUCUUUUGUGGUUGGAUCGUCUGAGACGGACAUCUUUGGACCGGAGUUCCUGGUAGAGAAGGGCAUCAUCGUGGUAACGUUCAACUAUCGGCUGGCUGCGCUCGGUUUCCUCUCACUUCCGGACCUCGGCAUUAACGCGAAUCUCGGCUUGCUGGAUCAGCUCGAGGCACUGCGUUGGACCGCUCGCAAUGCGAUCCACUUCGGGGGUGAUGCGGCACGGGUUACUCUGUGUGGAUGGAGCGCCGGUGCCGCUUCGGUGACGUACCAUCUCUACUCACCGGCCGCCAAGGGCCUGUUCCACAAUGCGAUCAUCAUGAGCGGGAGUAUGACGCAAUCCUGGGCGUACGCCUACGAUCCGAACCGGUGCGGGCGCGACUAUCUGCGGGCCCAUGACGCCACCAGCCUCGAACAGCUGCAGUCCCGUCCGCUCGGUCAGCUCAUGUCGAUGGAGCGAGGAUAUCACAUAAAUUUCUUCUCGCUGUACUACUACUGCUUCCUGCCGACCGAUGACAGUUAUCGGCCGGAGCCGGACUUGCGGAUCGUUGGACGGGAUCCGUUCGCGCGGGUACGCACCGGACCACCGGAAAGCGAUGUCCCGCUGCUGGUCGGUUACACCACGCUCGAGCACGGUAAUCUUUUUCUCGACCGUGACUUUUCCCACACCACGCCCAACUUCCCGAACGAUAAUGGCACCAUUCACGCGCUGCUGGAAGAUUACCUAGACCGGCGGGCACAGUCCAACAGGUCAACGUCGAGGCGUCGCUACUACCAGGAGCUAGCAUCGGUGGCGGACAUUAUCUACGGCAUACAGUACUUCAGCCGGCACGUAGCGGCCCAUCAGCGGGCUCCACUGUAUCGGUAUCUGUUCGCGUACGAUGGUGCAUUCGGGUAUGCAAAGCACUGGUACUACCGGAACGAGAUAGUGCGCCCGGAUUUGGCCGGUCCGAUGCACGGUGACGAGCUCGGUUAUCUGUUCACACCUUACAUCUACCGCGGGCGACGGCUGAAGGAUAUCGAUGGGAAAGCGUAUCGAACGGAACGCCGUGUGCAGCGUCGGAUGUUACGCCUGUGGUGCAACUUUAUCAAAUAUGGAAAUCCGACCCCGGUGUCCUUGAAGGCAGACAACGUAACGCAGGGCCGGAGGGCCGUCCGAUGGUAUCCUUACAAUGAUCCGAUUCCGGAACGGGCACACCACUAUCUGCGGAUCGAUCGGCGAAUCCAGAUGCUGCCGGAUACGGAUGGCGAAAACCCGUUCCAUCGGGUUUGGGAGCGCGUGUUCCGGUGUCUGUACGAGUUCGAUUGUGAAUUCUUAAGUACCGACAAACAGCCGGAGGAUGUUUGAUAGUGAGUGCGUGUCACGACUUACGCGUGCGGGAGCUAGAGUGACUGAGAGAGUAAAGGACGUUUGGUGAUACGGGAAAACAAACCCACAAUCUCCAUUCCAUCAACGUGCAUGUAAAGUGUAAUAAUAAAAAAAGGGUCGGAUCAUGGCUUUGCCGAUCGGUUGUGCUCCACGAAAAAAAGGACGCAGUACGAAAGGGAUCUUUUUUCUUUCUGGCGUCCGGAAUUAGGAUAAUGCGUGCUUUGUGUUCCCGCUCCUUUUAUAAUCUUCUUCCUACAGCUUACGCCAUUUUCUGCAAUAACUUCAGGUGAAAACAUCUACGGUAGGAGUAAAGCCGAUCAUGACAAUGAAAUUGUUAGUCCUGUGUCGGUUGUGCAGUUUGACUUCUUUAGGGCGAUGAUGUAGUCAAAAAAUAGAUACGAGACAUAUUGCAAUUCCGAUAUGAAUGUGAUGCUUUCUUUAUUGUGAUGCUUCUUUUUAACAUUGUUAAGGAGAUUUAUAAAGGAAGGAGGAAGCAUUGAAGAAAGAAAUAUUCCAAUCGUUUGUAACCUCUUUUCAUGUAGUUCGAUUGCUGUAAUCAAUGUGUGAAGGUAAUAAAGUUACUUACGGAACAAAUCAAA